AUGUCAAUAUUAGAAAAGAUACGUAAAGCACGAGAAGAUUUGAAAGCAGUUGAAAUUACGCAAGUUUCUCGCUUUUUUUCAUUGUUCCACAAUAGUAGCUUAAAUUGUGCACUUUUUAGCUAAGUAACAACGGAAGAUGGUAUAGUAGCGAAAGAAAAACGUUCAAGUAAGGGCGAUUUUGUGUAUAUAGAUGAAGAUGAUGAAGGUCAAUCUGGAGGUGAUGAUAGUGAAAAAGAGGUGCAAGAACUUGAAAUUACUUUAAAUAAGGACAGUAAUUUGAAUGAUUCACAAACAGCACCUUCUCCGAGUCAUGUUUCGUUGUCGAAUCGACAGAUAAAGAAACGAUUAUAUCGACAGGCAUUGGGUUUUGUGCUCGAUUUAAAACCUGAUCUGCAAAUGGCUAAUGUAGCAAAAGGAAUAUUUCUAGGAAGUCAGGAUGUAGCACACGAUUAUGAUAUUCUCAUGGCUCAUAAAGUCACACAUAUAAUCAAUUGCGCGACCGGUGUGGAGAACAUAUUUUUGGGUGUAAUUAAAUAUCUUACAUUCGAUGUAUUGGAUUUACCGUGGACCAAUAUAGAGCAGCAUUUUGAUAAAUGCCAUGAGUUCAUGAAGGAAGCAGUAGAAGGUGGUGGAAAUGUUCUUGUACAUUGUAAUGCUGGUAUAUCGCGUUCGCCUACUAUUGUUCUCUCAUACAUAAUGCGCUAUAACAAAAUGACAUUACGAGAAGCUCUGGAACAUGUUAAUGCAAUUAGAAAAGUCAAUCCAAAUCCGGGUUUCAUGCAGCAAUUGCUGCGAUAUGAAAUAAAAUUACAGAGCGAGAAUGCGCCAAUAAAUAAUUACGAUAUUUGA